GUACCACUGUGCAGCCGGCAGCCGGCCAGUGCGUGUGCGACGCGCGUGUUCCUGAUAGUGUUUGCUCGUGCGCCGGUUUGUGUUCAUGUUUGUAUAGACGCCGUGCGCCGGUAUACAUCGUAUUUUAUUUCGAUUUCGUAAACUUAACAUUUGACGCACGAGUUCAAAGUUUUAAACUACCGACGCACAAUGACGCCACCUAGCGGCGAGGGCGCCGAGCCGCCACACAUCGUGGUGUUGGACGGCGGAUUCUCGACGCAGCUGUCCUGUCACGUCGGCCACGUCAUCGACGGAGACCCGUUGUGGAGCGCCCGAUUCCUGCACACCCAUCCUGAAGAAGUUGUCAAUACUCAUCUUGAUUUUCUGAGAGCGGGGGCGGACGUGAUAAUAACGAACACGUACCAGGCGUCGGUGGAGGGCUUCGCGGAGCACCUGGGGCUGGGCGCGGAGCAGUCGCGCGCGCUCAUCGCCAGCGCCGCCGAGCUGGCUGUGCGCGCGCGCUCCAUCUACCUCGACGAGUUCCAGGACUACCUGCAGAGCGAUCACAUCCCCUUGGUGGUGGGGUCCGUGGGCCCGUACGGGGCGCAUUUGCACGAUGGCUCAGAGUAUGACGGCAGCUACGCGGAUACCACAACUGUACAGACAAUGCGCGACUGGCACCGGCCGCGGAUACAGGCGCUCGUGGACGCUGGAGUGGACCUCCUGGCGCUGGAGACCAUCCCGUGCCAAGAAGAGGCGGAGAUGCUGUGCGACCUGCUGCGAGAGUUCCCCGGCGUCAAAGCCUGGCUGUCCUUUAGCUGCAAGGACAACCAGAGCAUAGCACACGGUGAAAGUUUCCAGAAGGUAGCAAAGAAGUGUUGGGAAUCAAAUCCCGACCAGCUGGUGGCAGUGGGAGUGAACUGCUGCGCGCCGUCCUUCGUGUCGAAACUCAUCAAGGGCUUCAACGAUGACCGGCCACACGACCCCAUUCCACUUAUCGUCUACCCCAAUUCAGGCGAAAAAUACAACCCUCAAAUAGGCUGGAUAGACCGGGACAAGUGCGAGCCAGUAGAGGUGUUCAUCCAGGAGUGGCUAGACCUGGGCGUGCGCUACGUAGGCGGCUGCUGCCGCACCUACGCUGCUGACGUCACGCGCAUCCGCAACCAGGUCUGCCGCUGGCGCGACCAGUACCGUUUCGCCAAGUACCAACCAGAGACCAACGUGAUCGCCAAAUAAUGUUGCCAUUUAUACUGUUUCCUAUAGAAUUAAGUAUACAAGUGUAUAUUCUGAGUAAACUUUAUGUGAAUAUAAGAUUAAUAAGUA